AUGAGUGGUCUUCUCGAGUCGCUACUGAUUGAACUUGGAUUACGAUCUCACCCUCUGCCAUCCCCGCCGUUUAGCCAGCCACAUGACGACCAAGCUGAGUCUCGCCUGAACGAACCGUCAGAGGCCACAAUAAGCGAACGCGAAGAGGAGAGCUUAGCUUUUCGACCAGGCCAAGUUUGCAGACAUAAAUCAAACUGCGGAGAUGCGGGGUCCCUGCAUAGCCCUCCCUUCUUCACAACUUUACCCAAAGACAUGGAUGGACGAAAUCUGCAGUCGGAGAGCACUCGAGCAGCCUCCCAGAACACACCUGGAUUCAUUCGAAACAUAGCUGCUGCUACAGAUGAAUCGCCCGAUCAUGCACAUGAAGCAGGCGUCAAUAUGCAGCAAGCCCCUACUGGGCACACUCAACCUUCGCGCCUCGAUGCAUUGAAUGCGCAAAACGCACCACAAGAUAUGACCGCCGCGAUAGCAAUUGAAGGGUCCAGGCGGUCAUUGAGCAACGCGUCCGAUCUAGAUGGACAGGGCCAGUCUCCGCUUCCGGCGGACGAUGGUAUGGGUGUUCUACGAAGCAGGAUCAUUGCUGUCAGGAACCUGGAACUUACCCAUGUUCAAAAAGCGCGGAAGGUCCAUGACUUGAUGACAGAAAGCUACAACUCAUCGCGAAAGCCUUUGAAUAUUUCUUCCACGAGCUUGUUAUCCCCGCCCCCGAGCUCAGCGGGCUCGAGACUACCCACAAGUCCAAAGACUAUGUCGCCGAGUGAUAUGUCUGAAUUGGAUCAAGCAAACCUGGAUAGCAUUUCUCGGUAUGAGAGCUCAUUCAAUCUCAAACCUGAAGAUUUGCAACCCACUUUCGUUCCCAAGACGGAGCCCGAACCGCACGAAUGUGAGAUGGGCGAUGAAGAUUCAGAUACGGAAGAGUUAGCAGAGGCCACUCUCGGCUGUGUGCAUUAUCACCGCAAUGUGAAGCUGGAAUGCCAUACUUGCAAGAAGUGGUACACUUGCCGGUUUUGUCACGAUGAAGUGGAAGACCACGCUCUCAUUCGCCGAGACACAGAGCAUAUGCUGUGCAUGCUAUGUGGACACGCCCAGCCUGCAGCACAGGACUGCAGAAAAUGCGGUAAACAGACAGCGCAGUACUAUUGCGAAAUAUGCAAGCUCUGGGACAACGACACUCAACUUCGCAUUUUGCACGGAGACAUGUCAGAUCAGCCCGAGGAAGAUGAUGCUGAGCAUCUUCCUUCUCGACCUCGGUCGUCUUCGGUCAUGGAAAACGAUGACUCCAUGUCAUCUUCGCUGGCAGGAUUAAGUGUCAAUCCUGGCUCGGCUCCUCGUUCACGGCUCAGUGUACCAUCAGUGGAAACCGAGAGACAAUCUGCAUCAUACAACAUCACUCGCGGUCGUGCUGUCUCGCCGGUCGUAAGCAACUACUUUGGACUUCCGACUGAGCGUGAAUCUGAGAAACCCUCAUCGUUGCCCUUUUUUGGAAGUCCAUCAUCACGCAGUGUCAACGAGACGGACUAUGGUGCAUUGAACUUCUUGAGCAAGAAGCUCACAUACCCAUAUGGGCUGUUUGGUGGCGAGACAAAGGCGACAGAUAACAUAUCAGAAGGUGGCGAGGAAGAGGAAGACGAUGCGGAGUCAUCAGACUCCGCUGAAUCGGCUGGCUCCCAUUGCAAUGAAGAUGAUGAGGACGAGGAUCAUCUCGAUAUUUUUGGCCAUCGGUGA